AUGAGGAUUCUUCUCGGACUGAGUGGGAGUGUCGCGGCGAUCAAGGCCAAGGAGCUUGUGGAAGGGCUCGGAGGAGCGGAGAGAGUGCGAGUGGUGGUCACGGGACGAGCGACGUCCUUCUUCGAUGUGGACGAGGUUUGUACAGCGACGGGAGUCAAAGUCUACACGGACGAGGACGAGUGGGGAGCAUGGAAGCAGCGAGGGGAUCCGGUGCGGCACAUCGAGCUGAGCCAGUGGGCGGACGUUCUGGUCAUAGCCCCUCUGUCGGCCAACACCUUGGCCAAGCUAUCAUGGGGCAUGGCUGACAAUUUGCUCACAAGCAUUGCGCGAGCAUGGGACUUCAGGAAACCGAUGAUUGCUGCUCCUGCCAUGAACACAGCAAUGUGGCAUCACCCGAUCACGUCUGGACAAAUUCAGAGCAUGAUGCGAUGGGGACGCAACCCUCACGCCGUGCGGCAGGUUCUUGUCUGUGGGCAGGACGGGGUGGGAGCGAUGGCGAGUGUGGAGAGCAUCGCCGCUUCAACCAGGAUGUGA